ACCAAUCCUGCAGGCACCUGCACCAAGCAACCAGAGGGUGGUUCCCACCUGUUGUGCUAUCCAAUCGACUGUAGGUAGCAAGGUAGGUACAGUGAAUGAAAUGGAGGAGCGAGGAGAGGAGGAAAUGCUGGACUUGACUGGUCUGUAGGCAAAGACCUUGUGUCGUUUGUCCGUACAUCUCGCUUGUCUCGUCGUCGGCCACGCCCCCCGCACCCUGUACCAUACCCAGACACUUACCGAAUGAUUCGCCAUCGUGACUGAGGAUACCACUUUGCGCCUCAAAGUAUUCUGGCGGUCGCUCCAUUUCUAGCCUGAAUCAUUACUGCUACAUUCUUGUCGACGUUCGGCUUGGCGGCGUCGGUAUCGUUUGUCUUCGCUGUCAGCGUCGUUCGGAUGCAACGCAAAAGAAACUGAGAGGUCGAUACAGGAAAACAGAGGAAAGCGGAAUAGAGCCUGUCCUCUUGAUCUGGUCUGGCUUGGCUGGCUUUACCGAUAGUUGACAGUCAAAAGACCAUCCAGAGCCGUAAACUGUUGCCGAGACUUGAGAGAUCAUCGGCUUUGGUUGAUUUUGAUGGGUGCGAAGGAGUAGGAGCAACCUCGAGGUUUAUAUACCCACCGAAAACAGUCUGACAGCCAACAAAGCGACCUACCGACCUACAGUAUACGCUACACUACCGCAGUAUACAGUACUACAGUAUAGGCAGUCAUCGGCUUACCAUACAUAACUACCUACCUACCUACAUAGCAAGGGUUGAGCUUCGCACAGCAAUCCGUUUUGGGACUGGAACGCCACGCCUUUCCUGCCUCAGACCCGACUAAACUUGGUUCAAGGGGGGACCCAGCGGGCCGGACUCACGCUACUACGCCUGCAUCCCAUCUGCGGUCGCCGCGCCCCCCUGACUUUGAUUCGCACUGGCUAGACAGUUGGUCCACUGGCUUGUUGACAGCAAAGCUGCCACCUCGUCUCGGUAGCCGCCAAAUAUACUUGCUUUUGGCGAUAAUCUUCUCUUUGUCAGGGCAUAAGCUCUGACGGGAGCCGCCGCCCAAGAUGGUCUACUGUGGCCCGCCUUCCAAGGGCUGUGCGAGUUGCCGGGAGAGGAAAGUCAGGUGUGAUCAAAAGGAACCAAGCUGUGGUCAGUGCGAGAAGAGAAAUGUGUCCUGUCCUGGAUAUCGGAACAUGCAGGAUUUGAUGUUUAGAGACGAAAGCUCUCAUGUGAUUAAGAAAGCCAAAGCCCGCGCCCGCAAGAAGGACACUGGUGCUACCGUCGACAUUCCAUUGAGGCCUGAUUGGGACUCCAAGCCGUCAAGCUCGGGUACCAAUCUGGCCGCACAAAAACCAUCAGCCCGUAAGAAGAGGUCCUCGCCGCUGACCCCUGAAACUCAUCUCUCCACUUGGUCCUCUACUUCGCCCUCCUCCCGCAGCGAUAGCAGCAGCUCGUCAGACGAGUCUAAGCAUGAUAAUGACCAGUCCCUGAUAAAUGUACCCCGAACAACCGCUACCACCCGGCCAAGAUCCCCCGUACUAAGCUUAUUAUAUGCCCUAAGCCCUACUCAACACGAGAAGGGGACCGCUUUCUUUUUCUCCCGCUACGUCGCCAUUGACAAGUAUGCCUGCCACCAAAGAUUUGACUUCAUCUACGACAUAUGGACACCAGGAACCCUGGCGCCAGAACACAAUGUCGACAGCGUCAUGGCCAGCAUCACGGCCGUUGGCCUUGUCGGUCUUUCCAACCUGACCAGCUCCCCCGAGGUGCUUGAAAACGCCCGGAAGUCAUAUAUCUCAGCUCUGAGACUCAUCAACAAUGCUCUCCGUGCUCCAACCGAAGCCAUCAAGGAUACCACGAUGUUGUCCAUUCUAAUCCUAGGACUCUUUGAGCUCAUCGCAGACUCGGACGCCCGCAACAUCAAACCAUGGCAGGAGCAUGUCAACGGCGCCGCAGCUCUCGCAAAACUCCGAGGUGUGAGCCAGUUCCAGACUCGAGCAGGCAGUAAGAUGUUUAACAUGCUAUGUCAAAUGCUCAUGGUGUCCUGUAUACAGCAGGGCAUCCCGAUGCCUCAACCACUUUUGGACCUGCGUGCCGAGCUAGCAACCAAAAUAAAUUCGCCCAAGUCUAGCAUCGAAGUCUCCAUGCCAAUCUUUAGGGUACUGCAGUUUCGAAGUGAGGUCCAAAGUGGGAGACUCCCGACUCCUGAGGCAAUCAUAGACCGUCUCAUUGAGAUGGACAACGAAUUCAAGCAAGUUACGGCCAGACUACCAGCGUCAUGGGUUCCCCGGGUAUUUAAACUCUCUCGGCCGCACAGGGGCGUUUUUGGUGGCAUCUACAACGUAUAUCCAUCGAUGGACAAGGCCGCCAUCUGGAACGGAAUUUGGUCCUGUCGCAUGCUCAUCACGGAAACAAUACUCACCGAAAUACACAGUCGAUUCAAGGACGUCGAACCUUCCGAGGUGCCGCCAAAUUACGUUCGCGCGUUCAGGGAAUCGAGAACCGAACUAUCAGAGAUGUGCGUAUCGAUCGUGGCGACUGUACCGCAGCACGCAGGUUUGAUCGGUACCCCCGACUCAACUGGUCUCUAUGACAUGACGACUGGCAUCCCAACGAUGGAAAUCCCAGCCCAUUCAUCGGGGUCUGCAGCGGCCUCAACUGAUGGCGAUGGAGAAGACUUCUGGAAGUCGGGCUAUAAUACUGGCUACGAGUUUGGAGAUUUCGCAGAGCGAACAGUAAAGCCAGUUCCUGAUGACAGCGGUCCUACUCUUCUUGAUCCCGUUCGGGCAAUCGCUGACCACAUGGAGGAGGCUCACCGCCUGAUGCUCUUGGUGUCGGCGGGCAACAACAUCGUCUGGCCUCUCUACCACGUCGGCAUGUCAUCCGUGUGCCCACCAGCAAUGAAGGCCUACUGCAUUGAGAGGUUGGACGCGGUCUACAAGGAAUCUGGACUGCGUCAGGCCAGCGCCAUCGCCACCAUAAUUGCGAAUCGUGAGGUCAUUCCGCGGUGGCUGGAGCUGUCGUUUGCGGAUAUUGAUGCAUAAUCUAUAUACCAUGAAACAACUUGCAAUCUGUUGUGAAUCUGCUCUAUUCAUUGAAGUCGGACUUUUAUUCCUUGUAGUAUACUAUACCAGAUCUACCAAUGAAAGCACGC